UCGCAGUAUUUUGGGAUGUUUUACACGGGGCAGGACAAAGACACGUUACCAGGCGGGAGCCCCGUGUGAGCAGAUGUUACUGCUCCGGGAACUGAAGCAACAGAAGAAGAAGAAGAAGAAGAAAAGAGGGAGAAGCAACAUUGUUUCUGCAGAAAAAGAAGGACUCAGAGACGAUAUGGCUGAAGAUGUCUGUGGACACUGAUAACUCCUGUGUUUUGUUGUCAUCGCGAGACUCCAGGACUUCUUGCGUCUUCCAAAACGAGGACGAGAAAGAUGACAUCCCAGGAGCGGGAGAGGAGAGUGUUCUGGAGAUGCUGAGCUACUCUAAGUUCUCCAGCCUGGAGACAUGGCUGUGCAUGCCGUCCUCGCUGCUGCUGCCUCCUCUGGACUCCACCAUCACCUCCUCCUCCUCCUCCUCCACCACCUCCUCUUGCUCACAUGCAUCCAACCACUCCUUCAAUUUUUCCUCGUCCCCGGCCUCCAAUUCCCGUCGCUCCACCUGCAGCGAACCAGGAGAGACGGACAGGUCUGCAGAGAGGGACUCCACCUUCCUCACCCCCGCUCUGGGGAAGGAGAUGCCUUUCCUGGCCACGCCCCUCCUUCCCAUCCUCUCCUCCACCCCCGCCGCCGCAGCUGCAGCGCAGUCAGCGGGAGACUCCGCCUCCCACAGCGGCGUGAGCAUCAGAAAGCGGCGGCGGCUCGCUGCCAGUCCAGGAGGACUCCACUGGAACUCUGCAGGUUCGGUGCAGAGAGACUUCUGGUCACCUGAUCUGUCCCCGGUGUCGCGGGGAACCACGACAGCAGGAAGAGGUGGAGGUGGAGGUGGGGGUGCAAGGAGCCUCCCCCUGUCUGAGGGGGAUGGAGCAGUGUGGGCCAGCGACCGGGCGGCUCUGAGGAAGACGGUUUCUGUUGACGAGCGGCUGCUGCGGCCGGCAAGCGGAGAGCAGCCGCACCUGAGACUGCUGAGUCGCCUGGAGAGAGGCAGGAAGAAGCUGCACAGCAUCAAUAGCCUGGGAACCUCGAGCAGAUACGACUCCAGGAAGAAGUCGGACAGUAAGAUCUCUCGGUUGGCCCAGAGGUGGAACCAGAGGGCAGCAGCAGGAGAUGCUCUGAUUAAAGACCUGAGGCCCCUGUUUUAUGCGGGAAUCCCCCGAUCCUCACUCAGCCUGGACAGCAGACACCUCCCUGGCGUUAUGACCCAGCAGAUGCAGAACCUGCAGUUGUCCCAGACCAGGAAGUGCCCCGGCGGGCCGGCCUCCCCGAGCGCCGCCAAGCGCCUCUACAGGAACCUGUCGGAGAAGCUGCGAGGGAGCACCUCCUCCUUCGAGGAUGCCUACUUCUUCGGCAAGACGGACCGCCUCCGCAAAGCCUCGACGAUGCAGGGCAGCGACUGUAUCUUCGAGGCGGUGGAGCAGCAGGACCUGGACACGGUGCAGAUCCUUCUCUACCAGUUCUCAGCCGAGGAGCUGGACCUGAACACGCCCAACAGCCAGGGCCUGACGCCGCUCGACAUCGCCAUCAUGACCAACAACACGCCCAUCGCCAAGCUGCUGCUGAAGGCCGGCGGCAAGGAGAGCCCGCACUUUGUGAGCGUGGAGAGUCGGGAGGCCCACCUGAGCUCUCUGGUGUUGGAGGCAGAGCGGCGUGCGGCGGACCUGGCAGCUCAGGCACAGAGAGACGGCCUCUCCCUGGAGGCCUGCCAGAAGGACAAACAGCUGAGAGCCUGGGAGUGGAGGAGCAAGCUGUACAAACGCAUGAGUACAGGCUUCCAGCAUGCACGAGCCCCGGAGGCCCCGUCUAUGGUCCGUCUGAGCGUGAGCAGUAGCAGCACGCUGACUGUCACCUUCCAGGAGCCGCAGUGUCUCAACUCCACCGUGGUGACUAAAUACAGAGUGGAGUGGAGCUGCCUGAAGGAUUUCUCGCUGCUCGCUGGAGAGACGGUGUUGGAUAAUCUGCAGAGCCUCAAGUGCACCAUCAGCAGCCUCACCACGGGUCGUCUGUACUACGUGAGAGUGUUGGCCUAUAACAUGAAGGGCUGGGGUCCUCCUACCUCCUCCCUCCCUCCAUCUGCUGCUCCCUCCAAUUGGAGGGAGAGCGACGGCCGGGAGCCCAGGAGGAGGGGCCACAUUGAGGCCAUGGAGCGUCUGCUGCAGCAGGUCCGAGCUACGCACACACACUACUGCUGCGGAGACACCUCAAAGCUCCAGAACCCAAGCAGGAAGCAGUCGGUCUCCAGAAGUCUGAAACAUCUUUUUAACUCCUCCAACAAGUUUGUGAAAACACUGAAAAGGGGGAUCUACCUGGCCGCUGUCUUCUACCAUAAGGACAGUCUGCUGGUGACGGCAGAGGACCAGAUCCCCAUCGUGGAGGUGGAUGACUCGUACAGCAGCUCCCUGAUGCAGGACUUCCUCUGGUUCACCAAGCUGUCCUGCAUGUGGGAGGACGUCCGGUGGCUGAGACAGAGUAUGUCCGUGUCCAUGUCGUCGUCCUCCACCCUGCAGGCACGACACAAGAUGCUCACUGCCGCCGGCCAGCUGCAGAAUCUCCUGGGGACUCACAACCUGGGCCGUGUCCACUACGAGCCCAUCAAAGAUCGCCACGGCAACGUGCUGCUGGUGACCAUCCGCGACACGGAGAGCCAGCACUCGCUGUUCAGCGGGAAAUGGAUGCAGGUGACCAAACUUCAGAGCCAGAGGAAGUCACUGUCCACGCCAGAGGAACCGUACGCCCUCGACAUCCUCAUCAUCACCAUACAGGACAUCUUGGCGUACCAGCGGCGCAGCACACACCGCCUCGCCCCGGGACUCUACCUGGGCUACCUGAAGCUCAGCAGCUCCGUGGACCAGAUCAGAGUCCUGGUGUCCCAGCGGACCCCAAACAUGCUCUGUCACACCCGCAUACGAGACAACGCCAACGUGUCCAGGGAGGAGUGGGACUGGAUCCAGACGCUGUCGGCUGCAGGAGAGAAGAGUGAGGAGGCGGAGCCUAGGGCGGAGAGCCACGCCCCUUUACUGUACUACGAGCUGCAGACGUCGAUCAAGUCUCUGCUGAAACACCUGAACCUACCUCUGCCCCAGGCACGUCACUUCCGUCUCUACAGUCAGGAGGUGGUCGAGCUCGGUCACGGCGUCUCCUUCCUGCUGCUGCUGCCGGCGGCCGACGAUGUUUGCUCCGCCCCCGGACAGUCCAACCCCUACACCCCGCUGUCAGGGUUCCUCCACCUCCCCCUGCAGAUGUUCGAGCUCGUCCACUUCUGCACCUACAAAGAGAAGUUCAUCAGUCUGUACUGCCGCCUCUCCUCCGUCCUCGACCUGGACGCUCUCAUUACCCAGCAGGCACUGCGGGAGGCCAUCACUGACGGCGAGGUGGCCUCAGCCAAACAGAGACACCAGCUCAUACUGGACUACAUCCAGCAACUGGACGAGAUGCGUCGCGACCUCCGCUGGAUCACUGACGCCCUGCAGUACGCUCGCUACAAGCAGCCUCGUGGCGGCGUCCCGAUCACCUGCCUGGUGGACGCCAGCGCUCCGGAGAGUGACUCCAGCCAGCCGAAGACCGACUCCACCUCCUCCAACAUGGACUACCUGCCCACGCCCUCGCCCUCGCCUGAACUGCGCAGGAGGAAAGCCAUCAGCGACUCGCUGCUCGGCUCAGAUGAAGACGGCUCCUCUGAGGUUUUCCUGCCGACGGACAGCGACUACGACUCCAGCGACGCCCUGAGCCCCCGCGACCUGGACCUGCUCUAUUCUCCAGCCCAGGAUCUGUCCCAGCAGGCCGUGCACUCGCUGGGCGGCAGCGCCCCAGACGUGCUGCAGAUCCACGAGCUCAGGUACAGCGUCUGUCCCCCCUCAGACCUCCCCGUCUCCCCCGUGGUGAAAUCAAAAGACGCUCCUCUCUACUCGCCCCUCCUCCCCCACUCCCCCUCCCUGUACAAAGACUUCCCCCUCUGUCCUUCCGUUGCUCCUCGCUCUCCGUCCCUGUCCAGGACCCUCCCCACGUCGCCGUCCUUCCCCCUGUCCCCCAGACUCAUCAAGGACCUGCCCCUGCCCCUGCCCAUGUCCCUGUCCCCGGGUCUGUCCGACACCACCAAGACCCUGGAGGGGCUCUCGCUCCACCAGGAGGGCGUGAUCACCCCGCUGAGGGCCCUCGCCAACCCCCCCGCCAAACGCAAGCUGCUGUCCAGGAGCCACCGGGGACAGUACUUCAGCGGACCCCAGCGCUGGCUCCGGGGCCACAGCGGGGAGAGCCACACGGGGUCUUUAUCUGAAGGCAUCUACACCAAGCAGCUGGACCCGGAGCUGCCUCCGCCUGUGGACGCCACCUACGUGAGCCACGCCUCCUGCGUCCUGGAGAGCCGGAAGGGCCGCCACCGGGAGCCGCGGCCCCACGUCCGCAGGAUCUUCGUGGAGCCGUGCAAGGAGCUGUCGCCGGACCAUGAGAGGCGGGGCUGGGAGGAAGAGGAGGAAGGGGAGGGGACGGAGGAGCCGAAGGCUGCGGGCGUGUCGGUGGUCGUGGCGCAGGUGGAGUCCGGAGGGGAGGAGACGGAGGGAGGCACCACGCAGGACGUAGACUCGGACGACCAAACCAACACCCAGGUGUCAGAGAUCCUCAGCAGCACGCUGUAGAGCCGCCACAGGCUGCAGUGCUGAUUGGUCGGACCCGUUCCUGACGACCCGCCCGCCAUUAGACCUCCGCAGAUUGUAAACUAAACUGAAAAAAAGUUGCUGGUUCAACUCCGCCAAGCCUCAGAACCCAUGGCAUCGACUGUUACACCUGAAAAUAAUCAAUGCAACGACAAACCAAGCACUGCUCCUUCUUCUCCUUCUCUUCUUCUCCUUCUUCUUCUUCUCCUACGACCAGGAACUUUGCACACUUUGACUCCAACCAAAACAAAACAAAAGUUGGUUCAACUGAUUGUUUCGUAAAAAUUCUCUCAAACUGUCGAUUAUUUCAGAGCAUGGAUUCUCCUCUACUUGAAGUGAAUGUACAGUUUGGUCUGUAUGUGUUUGUUUCUUUGAGCUGCUCCCGUCCGGUUUUAAUGUGGUCCAUUUAAAGAAAUUAUAAAUAUAUAUAUGAAUAUAUGCCUCAGCCACUACACACAGACCACUAGAAGAAGUAUUUUUGUAGUCGACGAUGAGGAUGAUGAAAGAUAUUUUCCCUAAAGCUGUAUUUUGUCGGCAUGAAGUAGUUUGUAGUUAGUUUUGGACUGAAGCUUUGUGUCCGGUUUGUGCCUCCUCCUGGUUCAGCAUGACCCCGUCAGGGCUCAGGGGGGUCUGAGGUCUGAUGCUGUUUGUGUCGUUGCUUUCACUUCCUGUCGUGUUUCCUUUUCGAGGCUGCUGUCGUGUUUUUAUGUUGCACCGAGAAAAACUGCAACUUUUGUGUUUUUAGAGAAAACUUUUCGGACGUGUGCAAGGCCUUUUAAAAGUGCGUUUUUAAAUGUUUGCACAUUAUGGAAUAAAGCUAAUUGAAUAUAUUUGAUGCAGAUUGGGCAUUAACUGUGGCAGCUUCUAUCUUUAAAGACCGACAGAGUGUUGAUGAUAAAGUAAAGUAUUAAUCUGCAGGUUGUGUUUGAAUGAGUAGCACAGAUACUGCAGUACUUAUACUCACACUAGAACAUCUGUACUGCAGUAAUCUGCCGUUACAAGAGUUAAAGAAUAUAUUAGUAUUAAAAUAUUUGCUAUAUGAUUAGCCUAGCUUAGCAUAAAGAGUGAAAACGGGGAAACAGCUCUAUGGAAAAGUUUCAAAAUACCACGUAUAUCUAAUUUCCUCUUCUUUACCGUUCUGUCAGACAGCUCGUUCUGUUAGCUACGCUCUCUUCAGAGCCAACACACUCCAUUGACAAAAACAGUGAUUUUAAUACUGAAAAUACAGAUUUUUUUUGAUUUUUUUUAUCAAAAUUACUCCCAUAAAAGAAAUAUUCAAGCAUAAUUAAAAAAUAACCAUUUUGAAAACUUACUCAAGUAAAAAUACAAAAGUGCUGAGUAAUGUUGUUUACUGUGAGUCAUUUUCAACCCAGUCUCACAAAUCUGCGUACAAAUAACACUGCAGCUUUGCUCCUAAGAAUAGAUUGACAAAUCUAUCAAAAAAUUACUAACAGAUUGUUUCUAAAAACAGCGACCCUGCCAGUUGUUGGGCGGACCGUGGCUUGGGGCCGGUUCGAAUCCCAGAACUGACAGGUCAAGGACUGAAGUGCCCUGCGACUGUGGCUCAGCUAGUAGAGUGGUCACCCAUUGAUCAGAAGGUUGGUGGUUCGAUCCCUGACCAUGGCAUCCUACAUGUUGAAGUUGGGCAAGAUACUGAACCCCAAAUGGAUCCCCAUGCUGCGUUCAUCGGUGUAUGAAUGAGUGUGUUAACUGAAGUGUAAAGCGAUUUGGAUAGAAGCGCUAUAUAAGUACAGUCCAUUUAUUAUUUGCCCCCCCACAAAGCUCCCCAGGCACAGUAAUGUGUUGCCCAUUUGAAGGGUGUGUUCACUUGUGUGUUAAAAGGAUGGGUUAAAUGCAGAGGUUGAUUGGGAUUAAUACAGUAAUUAAUCUUGUAGGAGAUCGACACGUCAUUAUACAUAAAUGUUACAACGCUGCUGUUAAAAAAGGCUGCAGUUUCGUUGACUUUAGGCAACAAAACCACUGAUCUAGGUUUCCUGCAAAAAAAAACCUUGUUAGGUUUUAUAAAAAUGUGAAGUGAAGUAGUUAAGAGGAAGACGUGACUACUGGAAGCGACAUACAGGUGCAUCUCAAUAAAUUAGAGUAUCAUAGAAAAGUUUAUUUAUGUCAGUGAUUCAAUUCAAAAAGGUGAAAUAACACAUUAUAUAGAUCCAUUACACACAGAAUGAAACAUUCAGUGUCUUCGUUUAUUUAGUUUCUUCUAAUUAUAAUGAUUAUGGCUUACAUUUAAUGAAGACCUAAAAUUCGGUAUCUCAAAAAAAUUGAAUAUUACAAAAGACCAAUUUUAAAAAGUAUGUUUAAUAUGAAAAGUCUGUCCAUCUAUAUGACUCAAUACUUGGUUGGGGCUGUUUGACUGGAACUACUGGAAAUUGACUUUUCCAUCAUAUUCUAAUGUAUUGAGAUGCACCUGUAGUUAACGUAAAAACGUGAUGCACAGAAGUUAAGUGAUGAUUGAAUCACAUUGUUUAUUACUGUUUUCACACGGGACAUGAAGGCCAUCGUCCUGGUGAAAGUCCUGGAUUUGUUUGACCCAUCCACCUCCCACCGACUCGCCAUCAUUCAUAAUUACUCCUAACAUAAACAUGGUGAAGGAUUGCCGUAUUGAAGGUGCUAAAGUCACGUUAUUUGUACACAGAUUCCAAAAAAUGGGUUAUUUAAUACAAGUUCAAGUCAAGUUUCAAGUCUUUGAUUAAGAGUCUGAACCAAGUUACUUUUUUUGGAAGAAUAAGCUGUUAAUCAGCUGGUCAUCAGGUCAUAAAUACAGAGCUAUUUGUGAAUGCACUUUUUUUAAUGUAUGUUCAUUCUAAUUUAACUAUUUCUGUUUAAUACAAAUAUUUAACAUUUUUGAGCCACAUCAAAGGAUCAGUAUGUUUCCUCAGACUUCAUGCUAAGCUAAGCUAACUCUAGUACUCUAGUACUAACUCUGUACUGAACACACAGAUGUGAUAUUGAUGUCUACCGUCACGUCUCACAAUCAGAAACAAAGAGAAUAUCUUUUAUUUCACAACUGUUCGUGAAACUUUAUUUCAAGUUUUAAAAAAUAAACCAAACUCUCUCGUUUGAAUUCGAUUAUUGAGAAAUCGAUCGUUGAGAAAAGUUGUUCAGCUGUAAAGUGUUUUGGAGUCUGUUCGUCCAUCAUCAGGACGAGUCUGUUUAUUUACCCAGAGGCUUUUAUUCUGAAAUGUUUCCACUCACACACGACUCAGAAACUGUUUGUUACCUUGUGAGGGCUCCAAUCUUCAGCCUGUAAUGUGACGUUUCAUGUUUCACCUCCAGGAUUUUUGUUACCAAACUUCUUUCUGUAUAUUUUUGAAUCUUAAUGAAUCCAGUUUGACUUCUGACUUUUAUUUAUUUGCAGCAAAAGGAGGAUACGUUGUUUUGUUUUUUUAUGGACUGUGUUAAAAAAAAAAGUCUCAUGCAUUUUGACAUUUUGCAACCUGAACUCACAUGAAUGGAUGUAUUUUAACAACUGAAAUAAA